AUGGUCAAGCUGCAGCUGCAGAGGGGAGAAAGCUUUGAUUGGGCCCUGAAGGCAGGCAACUGGGCAGGCCUGGGUAUCUGGUUCCGAGCAGAGACUUCAAAAGGCCCGGCGGGCACCGCGGGCCCCAGCACCUAUGAGCCGCCCUCCGGAGCCCGGAUCUCGCGCCAGAGCCGCAGGACCACGAGUGGCCCGACUGUGCCCCUACCCCCAUUUCGAGUACCCUCAAUCUCACGAGCCCCAAACUCCUGGUCUCAGGACUGCGACCAAGCGUACCGCAACCGUGGGCAGCCACGUCUCCGUGCGGGGUUUCUCUUCGCCUGGAUCUUGGUCUCGUUUGCCUGUCACCUGGCCUCCACCCAAGGAGCUCCUGAAGAUGUGGACGUCCUCCAGAGGCUGGGCCUCAGCUGGACAAAGGCAGGGGGCAGCCGGAGCCCUGUGCCCCCGGGCAUCAUUCCAUUCCAGUCAGGCUUCAUCUUCACGCAGCGGGCCCGGCUGCAGGCCCCCACGGCCGCUGUCCUUCCUGCUGCCCUGGGUACAAAGCUGGCGCUGGUGCUGAGCCUCUGCUCCCACCGUGUGAACCAUGCCUUCCUCUUCGCCGUCCGCAACCGGAGGCAUAGGCUGCAGCUGGGUCUGCAGUUCCUCCCGGGCAAGACGGUCGUCCACCUGGGGCCCCGGCGCUCUGUGGCCUUCGACCUCGACCUGCACGACGGGCGCUGGCAUCACCUGGCCCUCGAGUUCCGCAGCCGCUCCGUCACCCUGGUGACGGCCUGUGGACGCCGCCGCGUGCCCAUCCCGCUGCCUUUCCAGAGGGACCCCACGCUUGACCCCCAGGGCUCCUUCCUCCUGGGGAAGAUGAGUCCUCACGCCGUCCAGUUUGAGGGUGCCCUCUGCCAGUUCAGUGUCCACCCCGUGGCGCAGGUCGCUCAUAAUUACUGUGCCCAUUUGAGGCGGCAGUGUGGACGCGCCGAUCUGUACCGGCCCCAACUGGGGGCCCCCUUCCCUCGGGACUCUGGCAGUCCCUUUGCCUUCCAGCCUGACUUGGCCUUUCUUGGUCUGGAAAACCUCACCUCUGCCACCCCAGCCCUGGGGACACGACCCACAGGCAGGGUGCCCACAGCAACGGUGGCUCCGGCCACACCCCUCAAGCCCCUAAGGACUAACCCUGGAGACCCUCCUCAGCAUAGUGCUAGGGGAGACCCAGCCUGGACCCCACUGCCACCUGCGAAGCUGUCCACCAGAAAAGCACCUCCUCCCCUGCCCCCGGCAUCUCUGAACAGCGCCACCCAAACUCCUCGUCCUGCUGUUGCCCAGCCACGGCAGAAGAUCUCAGCCACCAAGAACCCUAAGCCUUCAGCUCCUUCAGUCACCCAUGCCAAAAGCCCCCAUCCUACCCUGAAGACAGCUCCCCCUUCAUUCACAAAGUCAGCCCCACCCUCCCAGAAGCCAGUGCGUCCCACCUCCGUCCCGGCUCUUGCCAUAGCUUCUGGUGCCCAGGGGAAGCCAACGCAGAGGGGUCCCCAGACACCACGACCUCCACUGCCCAGUGCCCGGCCCCUGCCACCUGCCUCCGGCUCCUCUAAAAAGUCUAUUCCCCCAGUAGCCCAAACAGAGGCCAAGCUGACCAGCCGUGCUGGCAAGCCAGUCUCUGCCCGUCCCAGCACCCCCAAACCUCCCCAGGCCACUAUUUUGCACCAGUCUCCUGCCCUCAGUUCUGGCUCCACCAGAACCGCUCGGCCAGCAGCCACCACCAUCGUGUCUCCAACCUCACACACUGGAACUCCCAGAACAGCACCUCCUACCUUUGCUCUUGGUCCAGUCGCCACUGGAAGCAAGAAGCCCACCGGAUUGGAGGCCUCCAAGAAAGCAGGGUCCAAGAGCAGUCCCCGGAAUCCUGUUCCCUUCUGGUCUGGGGAAACAUUCGGGGAUGUCCCACUGAGAGACUUGACCACCAGGCCCAGUCGGCAGACUACUCCAGCUCCGGUUUUGGCUCCAGCGCGAGUUCUGAGCUCCAGUUCCUGGCCCACGAACAGCGGCUACUCUUUCUUUCACCUUGCCGGACCCACACCUUUCCCCCUGCUGUUGGGACCUCCAGGACCCAAGGGAGACUGUGGCUUGCCAGGUCCCCCAGGGUUGCCUGGGUUACCUGGACCUCCCGGUACACGAGGGCCUCGGGGUCCUCCUGGGCCAUAUGGAAACCCAGGUCUGCCUGGUCCACCUGGAGCCAAAGGACAGAAAGGAGAUCCGGGGCUUUCACCAGGCCAGGCCCACGAUGGAGCAAAGGGUGACAUGGGCUUGCCUGGGCUCUCCGGGGAUCCAGGACCGCGGGGACGGAAGGGACACAAGGGCUAUCCUGGACCCGCGGGACACCCUGGAGAAGAGGGGCAGCUGGGAGCUGAGGGCAGCCCAGGGGCCAAAGGUUACCCUGGCAGGCAGGGGCUACCCGGACCUGUAGGAGAGCCUGGCCCCAAAGGCAGCCGGGGCUACAUCGGACUGCCAGGGCUCUUCGGCCUGCCUGGGUCUGAUGGAGAACGGGGUGUACCUGGCGUUCCUGGCAAGAGGGGCAAGAUGGGUAGGCCGGGCUUCCCUGGAGACUUUGGGGAGAGAGGCCCCCCAGGGCUGGAUGGAAAUCCUGGAGACCUGGGCCUUCCAGGACCCCCAGGAGUCACUGGCCUUAUUGGUGACAUGGGAGCUUUGGGUCCGAUUGGCUACCCAGGACCCAAGGGCAUGAAGGGGCUGAUGGGCGGCGUGGGGGAGCCCGGACUGAAAGGUGAUAAGGGUGAACAAGGGAUCCCAGGUGUGGCGGGCGAUCCUGGCUUUCAAGGAGACAAGGGGAGCCAAGGGCUGCCGGGGUUCCCGGGUGCACGCGGGAAGCCAGGACCUCUGGGUAGAACUGGAGACAAAGGCUCUCUAGGGUUUCCUGGGCCCCCCGGACCCGAGGGAUUCCCAGGAGACAUUGGCCCACCUGGGGACAAUGGCCCUGAAGGCCUGAAGGGUAAGCCUGGAGCCCGAGGCCUGCCAGGACCCAGUGGACAGCUAGGGCCAGAGGGAGAUGAGGGACCCACAGGGCCUCCCGGAGUUCCUGGCUUGGAGGGUCAAUCGGGCAGGAAAGGAUUUCCUGGAAGGCCUGGCCCUGAUGGCUUGAAGGGGGAGCCAGGCGAUCCUGGACGGCCAGGGCCUGUGGGCGAGCAGGGGCUCCUGGGAUUCAUUGGUCUGCUCGGGGAACCAGGAAUCACGGGAGAGAAGGGUGAUCGCGGCAUGAUGGGGCCCCCAGGUGCACCUGGACCCAAGGGGUCGAUGGGUCAUCCUGGAAUGCCAGGUAGUGUCGGGACCCCUGGAGAGCCUGGGCCCCCGGGUGCUCCUGGAUCUCGAGGCCCACCAGGCGUGAGGGGAGCUAAGGGUCGCCGGGGCCCACGAGGACCAGAUGGACCAGCUGGGGAGCAGGGGUCCAAGGGUCUGAAGGGCCCUGCAGGACCUCGAGGUAGACCAGGCCAGCCUGGACAACAGGGUGCGGCUGGCGAACGGGGCCACUCGGGCCCACAAGGCUUCCUCGGCAUCCCGGGUCCCUCUGGCCCCCCAGGUGCCAAGGGCCUCCCAGGAGAACCGGGACCUCAGGGACCCCAGGGGCUAGUCGGCCCACCAGGAGAGAUGGGACCCAAGGGGCCACCAGGUGCUGUGGGAGAACCAGGCCUUCCUGGGGAAGCUGGGAUGAAGGGUGACGUCGGGCCUCUGGGCACGCCUGGGGAGCAGGGCCUCAUUGGUCAGCGGGGAGAGCCAGGCCUGGAGGGUGAUCUUGGUCCUGCAGGGCCAGAUGGAUUGAAGGGGGACAGAGGCGACCCAGGGCCUGACGGUGAGCGUGGUGAGAAAGGCCAGGAGGGGCUGAAGGGUGAGGACGGCCCCCCCGGGCCUCCGGGGAUCACCGGCAUCAGGGGUCCAGAAGGAAAACCAGGGAAGCAGGGUGAGAAGGGCCGGACUGGGGCCAAGGGUGCCAAGGGCUACCAAGGACAGCUGGGUGAGAUGGGCGUCCCUGGAGACCCAGGACCCCCAGGGACCCCAGGCCCUAAGGGGGCCCGAGGCAGCCUGGGACCCACGGGUGCUCCAGGACGGAUGGGGUCCCAGGGAGAACCUGGACUGGCUGGUUACAAUGGACACAAAGGUGUUGCAGGACCGCUCGGGCCUCCUGGGCCAAAAGGAGAGAAGGGGGAACAGGGUGAGGACGGCAAGGCCGAGGGGCCCCCUGGGCCACCUGGAGAUCGGGGACCUGUGGGUGAUCGUGGAGAGCGUGGGGAGCCCGGGGACCCUGGAUACCCUGGACAAGAGGGUGUUCAAGGCCUCCGAGGAAAGCCAGGCCAGCAGGGCCAACCCGGGCAUCCGGGACCCCGGGGGAGGCCGGGACCCAAAGGAUCAAAAGGCGAAGAGGGUCCAACUGGAAAGCCAGGCAAGGCUGGGGCUCCAGGCCGGAGGGGGAUGCAGGGGCCACAGGGGCUGCCUGGACCCCGGGGCGUGGUAGGGAGACAGGGCCCUGAGGGCAUCGCUGGACCAGAUGGACUUCCUGGCAGGGAUGGCCAUGCAGGACAGCAGGGAGCGCAAGGAGAUGAUGGGGACCCUGGCCCCCUGGGUCCUGCUGGGAGGAGAGGAAACCCAGGAGUCGCUGGCUUGCCUGGCGCACAGGGGCCCCCAGGAUUCAAGGGUGAAAGUGGAUUACCUGGGCAGCUGGGUCCUCCUGGUAAACGAGGGACAGAGGGCGGAAUGGGUCUUCCUGGAAGCCAGGGGGAGCCUGGAUCCAAAGGGCAGCCGGGCAACUCUGGUGAGAUGGGCUUUCCAGGAGUGGCUGGCCUGUUUGGACCCAAGGGACCCCCUGGAGACAUUGGCUUCAAAGGCAUCCAAGGCCCUCGUGGGCCUCCCGGCUUGAUGGGAAAGGAAGGCAUCAUUGGGCCCCUUGGAAUUCUGGGACCUUCAGGACUCCCGGGUCCGAAGGGUGACAAAGGCAGCAGAGGGGACUGGGGACUACAAGGCCCACGGGGUCCUCCCGGCCCCAGAGGGCAGCCUGGCCCACCGGGCCCUCCAGGGCAGACCGUCCUUUUUCAACGAGAUGACCUUGGGGCAGCUUUCCAGACGUGGAUGGACAUGGAUGGAGCACUCAGACCAGAGGAGUACAGCUAUUCUGACCAUCUGGUGCUGGACCAGGGAGGGCAGAUCUUCAAAACCUUACACUACCUCAGCAACCUCAUCCAGAGCAUUAAGACGCCCCUGGGUACCAAGGAGAACCCAGCCCGGGUCUGCCGGGACCUCAUGGACUGUGAGCAGAAGAUGGUGGAUGGUACCUACUGGGUAGACCCUAAUCUUGGCUGCUCCUCCGACACCAUCGAAGUCUCCUGCAAUUUCACACACGGUGGACAGACCUGUCUAAAGCCCAUCACAGCCUCUAAGGUGGAGUUUGCUGUCAGCCGGGUCCAAAUGAAUUUUCUGCACUUGCUGAGCUCCGAGGUGACCCAACACAUCACCAUCCACUGCCUUAACCUAACGGUGUGGCAGGAGGGCCCAGGGCACUCCCUGGCCAAGCAGGCCGUGCGCUUUCGGGCCUGGAAUGGGCAGAUCUUUGAAGCCGGGGGUCAGUUCAGGCCGGAAGUGUCUGUGGAUGGCUGCAAGGUUCACGAUGGCCGCUGGCACCAGACACACUUCACCUUCAGGACCCAGGACCCCCAGCAGUUACCCAUUGUCAGCGUGGACAACCUCCCUCCCGCCUCAUCCGGGAAGCAGUAUCGCCUCGAAGUUGGACCUGCGUGCUUCCUCUGACCUCUGACGUCUGGGUGCCUCUAGGCCUUCUGGGGAAGGAAAGAGAAUAAGAGGCAAGAGCAGGGCCCCUCUGCCUUCUGGGGAGGUUCCAGCUGCAAUCUUCUCAGUAGGAAUGGGUGGGGAGCAGCAGGCCCUGGGCUGGGCUUGGGAACAACUGAUCCUCAUGUAGCCCCCCCAAAGAACCAGCCAGAACAAGUUGAGCUGCAGCCCAUCUGUGCCCCUCCACCUAUCUCCCAGCUCCAAAGCCGUCCCCGCCCUCCCGGCUCCCUCCCCAAAGAGCCCCAUGCUGGAGCUGGCUUGAGGGAAGGUGGUAACUUGUCAGCUGGUCCCUGCCAGGGAGCUUUUGAUGUGCAAUAUUAGAAAAGGAGACAUGGAAAAAAAGAGAGAGAGAGAAAAGAAGUAUAUAUAUAUAUAUAGUAAGAUAUGUUAUUUAAACAAACAGAUGUGUUACUAUUUUUUUUCACCUGGGAGAGAGAUACAGAAGAGAAGAGCAGUGAGGGGGAGGGGAGAGGUAGGUGGUAAGGGAGGACGCAAGAUGGGGCUGGGGUACCCAGGCCAAGUUACCUCCCACUGUGAAUUCGCUGGUGCUCACAAUCAUCUUGUGUAGUAUAUGUAAUUGUGUUUUUAA